GUUGCUCUGCUGGACAUAGACAUCUGUGGGCCAUCAAUCCCGAAAAUGAUGGGUCUAGAAGGAGAACAGGUUCAUCAGAGUGGAUCUGGAUGGUCUCCGGUGUAUGUUGAAGAAAACUUAGGUGUCAUGUCCGUGGGGUUCUUGCUUAGUAGUCCUGAUGAUGCUGUCAUCUGGAGAGGACCAAAGAAAAAUGGGUUGAUAAAACAAUUUCUUCGUGACGUGGACUGGGGUGAAGUCGACUACCUGAUUGUGGAUACACCACCGGGAACAUCAGAUGAACACUUAUCUAUUGUGCAGUAUCUCAGUGCAACGCACAUAGAUGGUGCUGUUAUAAUUACUACCCCUCAGGAAGUAUCGCUUCAGGAUGUUCGGAAAGAGAUCAACUUCUGCCAUAAAGUGAAACUGCCAAUUAUAGGUGUUGUGGAAAAUAUGAGUGGCUUUAUAUGUCCAAAGUGUAAGAAUGAAUCUCAGAUCUUUCCCCCAACCACUGGAGGUGCGGAGAAGAUGUGCCAGAACUUAAAUGUUUCCCUCCUGGGUAAAGUGCCUCUAGAUCCUCAAAUAG